UCACUCCACACGCCCUGCGCCCUGCCCUGUCUCUUCAGUCCUCACAUCUUCAGCCUCGCCCCUCAGCCACUCAGCCAGUAAGGUGUCAGCCCUCUGCGGCUCUGCUUCACAUAGUCGCUAUAACUCCAACUCUCAAGCUGAAAUCUCAGAAUCUCUACCACGAUGGUGAAGUCUAAAGCUCAAUCAAAGAAGCAGCAAAAGCGCGGCGUUGAUUUCAAAAAAAUAAGAAGAAAAGUUGGUCGAAAAUUGCCCCCGCCCAAGAACUCUACUAACACGGAAAUCAAAUCCAAAGCGAUUGUUCUUCCCGAGCAGAGUGUAGCUUUUGAGAAGGCAGGUUUAGCUGUGAGUAAGAAAGGGUUAACCCUGAAGGAGCUUCUUCAGCAAACAAGUCAUCACAAUGCUAGAGUCCGUAAAGAUGCAUUGGUUGGAAUCAAGGAUAUAUUUCUUAAAUACCCAGUUGAACUGAAGCUGCACAAACUUGCUGUUAUAGAGAAACUGCGUGAACGGAUUAGUGAUGAUGAUAAGUUGGUUCGUGAAACACUAUAUCAACUCUUCAAGUCAGUUAUUUUUCCUGGAUGUGUAGAGGAUGGCAAGGGGCCAUUUAUAUCCUUGAUAAUGGUGUACAUAUUCAGCGCAAUGACAAAUUUAGCAAUUGAAGUGCGAUUAAUGGCUUUCAAAUUUCUUGACCUUGUCAUCCAGAAUUAUCCAUCUACAUUUUCCAUGUACGCAGAAAAGAUUCUCCAAAAUUACGGAGAUAUUUUGCAGAAAAACAAAUUUUUCCUGCAAGACAAGGGAAAGAUAAAGACUGGUCUUUCUGGGUUGGUUCGUUGUUUAUCACUGUUACCAUUCAAAAAUAGGAGUGCUGGUGACUUGUCAGAUAAGAAGGAUAUUCCUGUUCAAGUGACAUUGCACGCUUUUGUUCCUGACAUUUCAAGUGAUUCCUCUGGGCUUUCUAGUUCUGGUGUUGUGGAGAAAUUGAAGAAUCUCUUACCUGCUCUCGUUAGUUGUUUCCAGGACUUCAGUCCCCUGGUUCAUAACAUGCCCCAAAUGGACACACAGUCCUAUGAUUGUAUGCUACUUAUACUUCAAAACAUCGAUCUUCUAGUCAGAUUCUUUAUUCUUGAAUCUCCUUACCAUCACACACAUGUUAACAUAUCUGAUCAAAGAAUUUCACUGCUGGCACUCAAAAAGCUUUGGGAUGAGUUUCCUUUCAAUCCAACUCAUGACCUCUCAAAGAAGGUAUGAUUUCCUAUUCAAAACGAGAAUAGUUUCUGUUUGUAUUUUAUGCUAGAAAAAGGAGAUAAUACAACAAGAAAAUUUUUUGUUAGAGAGUUAGAGAUGUUGGCAACUAAUUUGUUUGAGAAGCAGGUACUAUGAAGUAUAUAUUUAAUAUUUGAACCAUUUACUGAUGGACUUGAAAUGCAAGAAGUUGCAUCUGCAGUUUGUCCAAAUCUUGUGGGAUUUAAAAUGCUUUUUUGGCCUUUCUCCACUAAUCUUAUUUCUGCCUUCACUUUCAUUGUUAAAGUCCGAAUUUCAAGUCUUUACAUUUGAUGUUGCUAGUUUGCUACUUGAACUCGGGUAGCAUGAAUUCCAUAAACUAUGAGAAGUUCUUGGUCACUUC